AUGGACCGAAGGCUAAGGUAUUACUUCUUCAAAAGCUUGUCAAGUCCAAAAAAGAAGGCUGCCCAGUGGCUGCGCAAGCACCCUAUAGAAUGUGUUGAGUGGGCUGCAUCGAAAGCGAGGGUAGAUACAGCUGAAGAAGAAAGUUCUGAUGAAGACGACGAAGACGCGGAGAGAAACACACCAAACGAAGAGGGUGCACUGUUGGAGACGGAGAAAGAGGUUUUAAGAAAUGUGCAGUUGACCGACCUCUUAGCUGAUUUACGCGCAAAUCCCCGAGACGAAGAGGCCACUGCAGGAGACGAUAACGGGGACCAAAUCGUGGAUGCCGAUGAUGACGAUGACACCACACACGCGUUAAAGAACUCGCUCGCACAAACCUUACCGGGGUCUUUGGAUAACCGUCACCUCAGUCUCUUACUGGAAAAGCGUUUACAGCAAAACGAAGAGAGGAUGCGGCGGGAGAUGCAACGGCACGAGAGAUUUCAACAGCGUCUCAGAUCGAAGGGCGUCUCCGAAGAAAAUGUACGUUUACUACCCCACGAUCCAAACGAUCCCCUUCCCACGCCGAUAAGAAAUGAUCUGGCCACUCACGAACAGAUGAAAGCCGGUGCGGAUCGAAAAGAGAAGAAGAAGAGGUCAAGGGAAGCAUUCCAGUCACCAUGGUUGAGGAAUACAGAAUACAUGGUCACCCUGGAAUCACGUAUUUCGCCUGACACGAGAGACUCAAUGGAUGCCCUGCGUGAAAUCCUAGAAGAAAAGCUCAAGGCCCUUGCGGAGAGGAAAAAGGUCUGCGUGGAGCUGGGACUGUUGAGAAAGGAAGACCAACACUUGGUGAAAAGCCUCUCCGAAGCGCUGCCAGUC